AUGGAGAGAGCUGAAGCGCUAGGGAGUGUCGGAAGAGGGGUUGAGGAGGAGGAGUGGAAGGAGUGGAUCAGCCUGUCGACUGAAAUGCAUUCUGAGCUGCAGUUCUCGGAAGACCAAGACUGGUUCUCUGAGCAUGGGACCCAGGAAGCUUCCGGAGUAACAGACAGAAGCGACAGCGGGGUGACCGUCAGCAGGGCUUGCCAGAGCAAGGGUGGCUCUAACGAGCGGCAGAGCGAGGAGGCAAAGGCUGCUUACAUACCAGUGGCAAUGGAAGGCGAGGGAGUUUGGUCAAAUCCCCUGCCCGUGGAGGGCAGUCCGUGGGAGGGUGGACUCCGUUGGGGUGAUUCGCACGCUGCAGUGGGGGACUCGCGGAGCGAACAGUGUGACACAAACGCGGGUGAUUCUAUUGAGGGGGAUGCAUGGACGUUUGACGAUACCGAAGGUGCGGGGUGUGAUGACGAGGUGGUGGGGAGCUGGGCGGGUGAGAUGGACGAGGGCGAUGGGGAGGGGGAGGAGGAGAGCGGACAGGCACGGGAAGGCGGGGAAUUGGGCAUGGGAAUGGGAAUGGGAUUUGACAGUACAUGGCCUCGUGGUGGGUCUAUUGCCGUUUCAGGAGCUGCUUCUGCAUUCCAACCUGCUGAAGCUUCUAAACCCGCUGGGUCUACUGGUGGUGAUGCUGCAGGGCAGUCAGCAGGCAGGAACAGCACUGCUGGUGGGGCGUUCGCCGGUGCCGCGCCUGCCAGUGGUGGUGGUGGUGUGGGUGGGGCGUGCUGGAGUGCGGAGGAGGUGAAGCGGCUUCUAGCGGCUCUGGAGCAGCAGAGCCAGAAGGUGCUGCUGGCGCAGCAGAAGCAGCAGCGCAGCAGAGAGAUGGGCCAGUUGGAGGACGAUGGCGUGGGGAGGUGGAUGGGGAUGGGUGAGGGUGAUGAUGUGGGUGGAAUGGAUGUGGUUGAUGAGCUGGCGAAGGGUCAUGCUGACCUGGCGGCUGAUACAAUCACACCUGCCGUUUUGCCCACCAGCCUUCACUCGAAGGAAAGUGACAGUAGUGGAAGCCUAACCGGUCUCCCCGGGAGUGAUCGUGUGGGAGGUCCGAGAGGGGGAGACGAGGGUGGGACGUUCUUCGAUGCGGCCAAGGAGCUGGAGCGAGAGCUGGUGACGCGGUGGGGUGGACGCGGGGAUAGAGAGGCCGGGGAAGCGGACUCUGAGUGGACCCAUGGGAGCAUCAAGGGCGAGGGGAGAGAUGGGGGGCGGGGAGGGGCAAGGGAGGACGGGGAUAGUGGGAGGGGGGGAGGGGAGGAGGAAUGGAGGACGUUCUUUGAUGAGGUGGCGGGGCUGAAGGAGGAAAUAGAGGGGCUGGAGGGGCUGGAGGGGGUGGAGGGGUUGAAGGGGUUGACGUUGGGGGAGGGGUUUGUGCCGAGUGCAGACGAAGGGCCAGAGCCGGGCAGAGGCUCUUUCGCCCGUGCUGGUCUGCAGGAGAAGACUGCAGGGGUGGUGGAGGCUCAGGGAGCUCAGGGAGUGGAGCAGGGGAGGGUGCAUCUGGGGAAGGCACACCAGGGCUCAGGUUCAGGGCAGCGAAGUGGUGGCAAGGGCAGGCUGAGAGGCGCGGGUUUGAGACGGGGGUUCCUGCUGGGGGGUGGUGGUGGUAGUGGUGGUAGUGGUGGUGGAAGGGAUGGGCGGGGAGGCAAGGAGGUGGGGAGCCGGGAGGUGCAGGAGCAUGGGGAGGACGGGGGGGGGAGGGAGAAGGGUAGUGGUGGGCUGAAUGAGAGUGCGGUGGCGGGAGGAAAGGAUGGGACGUGGAAGGAAGAGGAUGGUCAAACUAGCCGUGUUAGUGGGGCCAGUCUUGGUACUAUUGACAGCAACGGUGGUGACGGUGCUGCUGCUGCUGGUGCUGCUGCUGCUGCUGGUGUGGAUGCACCUGUUGCAUCGCCCUCUCAUACGCCACAAGCCGCACACGCCACACCUGCUGCAGCCCCCAUAGACGAGGCGCAAGCUGCGUUUACCCGUGUGCAUCCGCUCUGCAUGGCUGUGGUGGACGCGCGGGGGGACCACCAGCAGCUGCCACGUGCCAUCAAGCGAUUGGAGGAGGAGAUUGGGAGCAAGGACGUGCCUGUGAGGGGGCUUCAAGCGUGCCUCGAGUUCCUCCUCUUCCCACUCUUGCUCGUGCUGUCUCCACCCACCCCCACCGCCACUCCCUCUGCACCUGCCACCAUUCCCUCCCCCGCCCCCGCCUCCCUCGCUUCUAUGGUUCCCACUGCUGCUUCUUCCAAAGUUUCUGCUUUAGCUGCACCAGGCAAGGGGCGGCCCAGGAGCACAGAGGACGAGCGUGCGGCUGACAUCGCGCCACGUGGCAGGCAGCGAGUGGUGGAGUCAGCCCUCAGCUGCAUGCACGUGGCGCUGACCCGCUGCGCCGUGCGAUCACACGACCAGGCUACCUCUCUCCUCCGCUUCCUCGCCUCUGCCACCACCCCCACUCCCCAACCACCUCCCACCUCAAAUACUAACGCAAGCGUCCCGGAUCGCCCUGCUCCCAGCCCAUCAUCCGGAGCGGUGACUCCAUCAGCGUCUCACCCACCGUCACACCCACCAUCAGCAUCGGCAGCACUUGCAAGCAUGUCGGGGAUUGCGCAGUCAGAGGAGGCGCGGCUGCUGGCACUGCGCUGCCUCUCCGCCCUCCUCUCCCACCUCCCUCGCUGCUCGCCCUCCUCCUGCUGCUGCACCACCGCUGCUGCUGGCAGCACCACCACCAGCGGCCACAACACGAGCACCAGCAGUAGCAGCAGCAGUGGCAGUGAUAGCAAUGCGAGCAGCAAGUGUGUGGCUGGUGUGUUACAGGAGCAGGAGGCAGCGCCUUUGCUGGGUCACCUACUCUCUAACAUGCUCUCUGCAGCAGAGGCAGAGGCUCAACUGGGCACGAGGGGCAGCCAGCAGGUCCGGGUGGAGUCACUGCGAGCCGUGCGCCUCCUUGUGGCUGUGGCGCACACACCCGAUGCGCUCGCCUUUUUCCUUCCCGGGAUCCUCAGUGGUCUCUCCCGCGCCGCCCUCGCCCCCUUCUCCCCGCGCUCCAGUGAGCCGCUCACACGUGGCGCCGCAGCAGACCCCUCAGCGGUGGCCGAGGCCCUGCUUGGGCUGUCGCAAGCGCUAGUGCUGGUCCUGGGGGAUGCUUAUAGCGAGGAUGGACAUGGAGGGGUUCCUUAUAGGGAGGAGAAUGAGGAGGGGAUUGAGAGAGGCGAGACAGAGGAGGAGCGAGCUUUGAGCAUGCUGCAGCAGAUGGUGGGUCGCAUGGGGGAGCGGAGAGGGGAGGGCAGGAAAGGAGGGCAAACGGGAGAGAGUGUGGAAGCAAGGGGGGUAGAGGAAGGAGAGAAGGAUCGGUUGGGAGAGCACGGGGUGGAGUUGGAAGGGAAGCUGCCGGGCGAAAAGGCAAGCGGCACAGCAGGGAUGGGGGAAGGCACAGUGAUACUGAGGGAAGUGAGUGUGAUGAGGCGGCGUGAAGACGAGAGUAAUUCCUUACGAGCACACGCGGGAACGAGUGUGGGGCGUGCGGGAGCAGGAGAUGCAGGGGAGGGUGGUAGGGGAGGAGACGGGGGAGUGAGAGGGGCAGGAGGCGGGGUGGGGAGAGGGAUGGUGGUGCUGCGGGUGGAGAGGGACGAGGCGUGGCGCAGGGAGACAGGCGCCAAGGUGCUCGUGCUGCUGCAGAAAGUGCUUCCCAAGAAUCCCGUCCUCGCUCUGCAACCACCCACCACGCUCAUACUCCUCCCCCUUCCUCGCGCUUCCCACUGCCUCCCCAACUUGGACAUCACACCUCCCUCGGUUCCCCCCUUUCUUCCUCCCCCCGCCCCCCCCACAGCUGCUGCACUUCCCCGCCCCCAAGGUCCGCUGGGCCCUAUCCGACCUGCUGGGGGAGCUGCUACAGCGCUGCUCCUGCUCCCUCUCCGCCUCCCGCCCUCUGCUGCUCGUGAGUCCCUAAGUUUCUGUGCCCUCUGUCUGUCCAUCCGGUCGCUGUUUGGGAAGAGCUCUGGUGAACAGCACCAGCACCAGCACAUGCACCAGCACCAGCACAUGCACCAACACCAGUACAUGCACCAACACCAGCACAUGCACCAACACCAGCACAUGCACCAACACCAGCACAUGCACCAACACCAGCACAUGCACCAACACCAGCACAUGCACCAACACCAGCACAUGCACCAACACCAGCACAUGCACCAACACCAGCACAUGCACCAACACCAGCACAUGCACCAACACCAGCACAUGCACCAACACCAGCACAUGCACCAACACCAGCACAUGCACCAACACCAGCACAUGCACCAACACCAGCACAUGCACCAUCUCGCACCCGUCGCUGCACUCGCUUCUCCUCCUCCUUGCUCUCGGAACAUGUCUCUCGCACACAUCCGCUGCUCGCCAGUACUUUGGGAGUGCCUGCUCCUCCUCGCCUCUGACCACUGGCCCUCUGUAGCCUCCUCUGCUCGCCGCCUCCUUGCCCGAGUCGUCAUCACCCACCCCACGCCAGCACCACCAUCAUUAUUACCAUCAGUAGCAGCGGCUACUGGUGGGGCAGUGCGGCAGCAGUGCACGAGAGCAGGGUGCAUUGAGGUGGCUACUGACAAUCUGGCGGAGCUGGUGGAGAGGCACAUGGCGUCCGUCACAACUCCCGCCCCGCCCACCGCUCACUUCCCACCCACCUCCCUGCCCCUCCACCCCUCCAUUCUUCCAUCCCCCACCCUCCCCUCCACCAUCUCCCCUGUCUCCUCCGCCUCGCACCUGCAAGCCACCACGGUCUCUCUCCGUGUGCUCGCAGCGGGUCUUAUCACAGCAGGGCCUCUGCCUACUGCCCACCGCAUCCUGGACCCGGCCUUCUCUACACGUCUCUCCGCUGCCAUCUCUCUGCAUCUGCCCUCUGCUCCCGGAAGCCCCCACACGCUCGAGUCCUCCCCUGCUCCUGCCCUCGCUCUUCCACCACUGCUCGGCUCAGCACCUGCAACAGGUGAAUCCCCAGGUGUUAUGCCGCCCAGCCCAGGUGUUCCAUCAGCGCUGCGCUCUGCAGCCACAGGAGAGGAGAGCGAGGAGGAGCGAUGGCGACAGUGGCCGUGGGAGGAUGCUCCCGGUGGGGGGGAUGUGGCAGCGCUGGGAAGUGGAACAGUGCAGGUGGAGGAGAAGAUGGAGGAAGAGGAGCAGAGAGCUCAGCAGCUCAAGGCAGCGGCGCAAAGGGAGGACAGGUGGCAUGCCGUGGUUGGUCCGGUGGUGCAGUCAGUGUUGGCAGAGCUGUUGAACGAGGACCUGUGGGAGCUGCCUGUGGAUGUGACCCAAGGGGGAGGGAGAGCGGUGCAGAGCGGUGCUGGGGGGGAAUGGAUGGGUGAGGAGGAGCGCAGGGGGAUGAUGCGCAGGCUUAAUGAGAAUGCCAACCUGCAAGCGGUGAGUGGGGAGCAGAUAUUCAGGAAGGGGAAUAGCAUGGCUCUGGUAUCAUCCUGUGUGCUCCUCCUCUCCCUCGCAGCAGCGCUCUCAGUUCUCGGCCAAUCACAAGCCACAGACUCCGGUGCGCUGCGCCGUGCCUUCCCUGCGCUGCUGCGCUCGCUCGCCUCUCCCCACGCCCGUGUCUCCUCCGCUGCUGCACAUGUCCUCUCCUCCAUCACCCGAUCCUUUGGUUACCCCUCGGUACGUCAUCGUCACCUGCUAUUCUUUCCUUCUCCCACUCCUUCUCCUCCCGUUCACACCCUUGCCUCUGCUGCUGCUGUGGCCCAAACCCAGGCAACAUGGACUAUGCCAUUACCACUGUGUGCCACGGCCCGCCCUCACGCCUGUCACGACCUGCUUGUGUCCCCCGUGCGAAUUUCCCUCCCUCUUACGCAGGUGGCAGCGUUGGUAACAGGAAACAUGGACUAUGCCAUUGCCACUGUGUGCCACGGCCUCUCCACCCUCCACUGCCACCCCUCCACGCCGCGCCUCCUGCUCGCCCUCAUACACCUCCUGCCCCUCGUGCCCGCCACCACUGCCGCCCCUGUGGUGCAUGUCGCCCCUGCCCUGCCGGUGGAGCAUGCAGCAGCAGCAGCAGCAGCGUCAGCGGUGCCAGUGGCAGCGACAGCGCCUUUGGUGUUGCCAUCGGCGUUUGAGAGCAUGCUGCCCCUCAUCAUCCACCCGGUAACCAUGCUGCCUCUCAUCAUCCACCCGGUAACCAUGCUGCCCCUCAUCAUCCACCCGGUAACCAUGCUGCCCCUCAUCAUCCACCCGAUUCGCUCUGUCCUGGCCUCUCUCCAAAUCACCGCUCGUUUGCAGCACGCCCCCCACAUAGUCACACUUGUUCAGGUGCUCCGUGUGCUGAUGUCAGCAUGUGCCGUCGCCACAUCAGCAAAGCGCGCCGACGCCGAAGCUGCAGCCUCGGCAGCAAUAGCGGUGCUCCGGAGGGAGGAGCGGGCCCGGCGCAAGCAGCUUCGGAAGCUGCGGCGAGCCAAGGAGGGAUGUGGUGGUGAGGAGGGGAGGAGCAAACCUCACCCUCUGAGCAGUCGUAACAAGCCUAACCGGCACAUCAACCGUGCUGGCCCUGAUUCUGAUGCUGCCAGUCUCGCAUCCUCUCCUGCCGGCAGUGCACCCCGGCUUGCUUCUCAAGGGGGCAGUAGCUGCAGUAGCAGCAGCAGCUCCUGUGGUGGAGGCGGCAGCAGUGGUGGUGGCGCAGACAGUGCCACUGCCAGAGAAUUCAAGACACCAGCUGAUCCAGCAGCCGUGCGAGCCUUCUUCACCCGCCGCAUGCAAGCUGCUGCUGCCGCCGUGCGUGAGGGGAAGGAGGCAGCAGAGCGGAAGGAAGAGGAGGAGGAGGACGAGACGUUGAAGGAGCAAGAGGGGGAGGGAGAGGGGAAUUCGAGUGAUGAGGAGUGGGACAACUUAGGGUCCGAUACAGAGUCAGAGGGAGAUGACAAGGAGGAGGCACAGGAGGGGGCGAAUGCAGCUGGUGUGGCAAGUAAGCGCGCGGGCAGGGAGGAGAGGGAGCAGUGGAGUGUGCGGCAUGCGCUGAGUCAGCUGGCGGAUCGCACGAGAGUGGUGGCCAUGCAAGCACAGCUGGCUGCCGCCUGCCUGGAGGCCUGUGGGCCGCUCAUGGCCAAUCGCGAUGCUGAGCUGGCGUUGCUCGCUGCUGACGUGGCACAGGCGUCAGUGGCCGCCAUGUCAGCAGCUGAUGUGGCGCAGCGGGCGAGGGCGAAUGAGCUUGAGGCAGUGAGGGAGGUGGUUCGGUUGAGAGUGAAACGAGCCAAGACGCACCUCACUGCACUGCAGGACUCAGGCUUGGGCACAGGUCCGGUCUUAGGUUCGGGGACAGGUUUGGGUGGAGGUCCGGGCAGCGGUUUGCUGGACUGGUUGGAGGAUGAUGUGGCAGGGCUACGAGCUGACCUGGCAUCUCUCCAGGACGACGUGGCAGCCAUGCAUGACACGGAGGAUGCUCUCAAGGUGGCGGAUGCUGUGAGGGACGAGACCAAUUGGCUGCUGCCACGUGUGCACAUGAUCUGGCCCCACGCUGUCUCCGGCCUCAAGAGAAGCCAUCCUGCUGUAAGCAUUGCGGAGAUAAGUGUUUUGCAUCGUCACACAUUCAUUCUUUUCCUCUUUCUCCUCCUCACCGUUCCCCUCUCCCCUUUUCUUUGCCAGCUCAUCAUCUCGUCCAUCCACGUCAUCACAGCUCUCUCCACCACGUGUGACGAUGCCUUCAUGGCCAGAAAGAUCCGGGAAGAUUCCUGGCCUCUCAUGGCGGCCCUGCUCCUGCAGGGUCCCUCUCUUCCCUCCCAUUACUCCUCUCCCUCCUCUCACUCCUCUCACUCGUCCCCCUUCCUCGCCUCUGUCUCCUCUCGGCGUCUCACCAAUCCAAGCCCCGUGGAUCUCACCAGGCUGCUCACCCUCAGGCCCUCCACGUCAGCAUCCACUAGCACCCGCAACACUGCCACAUCAGCAUCCUCAGGUGUGGCACCUUCUGUGAGAGAGCGAGUGCGGAUGGCAGUGCUGAUGUGGAUUGCAGAGGUGGCGCAAUCCGACAGGUCGAGGGAAGGCGGCGGAGUGGCGUUGAGGUCAGUGGCAUGUGACGUGAUGGUGGUGCUCAUGGCAGUGCUGGCAGAAGGGGGGUGUGGGGGAGAAGAACUGACUCAUGCUUUCUGCACUGGCAGCAGCAGCAGCAGCAGCAGCAGCAGCAGCAGCAGCGAUUCAAGGCCAUCCUUGAUGAAAACGGCAGCUGAGGCAGCAGUAUCGCUCGGCCGUGCACACAAGGAGAAUGUCACCACGUUCCUGUCUCAGGCCAUCCAGUCAGUUGCUUCCACAUCGUCGCCGCAAUUGAGUGCCACUGCGCAGAGCUCCGACAUUGUGGUCGCGGAUGGUGGAAAAACAACAGAUGGAAUUUCCAAGAACGAGCUUGUGAAAGUAGCAGAGCCGUCGUUAAGAGGCACAGGUGAUGUGGAGAAACAGGGGAGCCACGUUCAUUUGUUUUUGACGCUGCUGAAGCAGCUGCAAGAAUGA